GGUUUAAAUAGGGCUGCACAGCUGCGACCCUGGCUGACCGGCGGACCCGGGCAGGGAUUAGGUGUGGAGCGGGGGGCUCGUAUUGGCACCAGUGGACCUAGCCCGCCCCCGAGUAGUGGUGGUGGGGUGAGGUGCUCCCUGAGGGUGUGGGUCCUGCUGGGCUCGCUGGCCCUCGUCUUCCUCACCUCGCUCUUCUUCUCCGUCUCGCUGCGCGGGGGCGGCAGCCUGCCAUACCUCGACCCCUCCGGCUGGGAGGAGUCUCGGAGGGUGAAGCUGGUUCCCAGCUACGCAGGGGCGCAGCGCCACCCGGGGCCUGUGGAGGGCGCUCCACAGAAGACCUGCGCCUGCGACCACUGCGUAGGAGACCCUGGAGUCUCCGAUUGGUUUGAUGAGAACUAUGACCCGGACAUCUCGCCAGUCUGGACUCGAGACAACAUCCAGCUCCCCUCCGAUGUGUACUACUGGUGGGUGAUGCUCCAGCCCCAGUUCAAGCCCCACAGUAUCCAGCAGGUUCUGCAGCGCCUCUUCCAGGUGAUCCCUGGCCACUCCCCCUACGGCUCCUGGGACCCCGCCCGAUGUCUCCGCUGUGCCGUGGUGGGUAACUCUGGCAACCUGCGGGGGGCGGGGUACGGCCCCGCCAUCGACAAACACAACUACGUCAUGAGGAUCAACCUGGCCCCUACUGUCGGCUAUGAGGAGGAUGCGGGCAGCCACACCACCCACCACUUCAUGUACCCAGAGAGUGCCAAGAACCUGGCCGCCAACGUCAGCUUUGUCCUGGUGCCCUUCAAGACGCUGGAUCUGCUCUGGAUCACCAGCGCACUUUCCACUGGACAGAUACGCUUCACCUAUGCUCCAGUGAAGCAGUUCCUGCGGGUGGACAAGGACAAGGUCCAGAUCUUCAACCCCGCCUUCUUCAAGUACAUCCAUGACCACUGGACGAGGCAUCACGGACGCUACCCCUCCACUGGCAUGCUGGUCCUGUUCUUUGCCUUGCACGUCUGUGACGAGGUGAAUGUGUUUGGGUUCGGUGCUGACAGCCGGGGAAACUGGCACCACUAUUGGGAGCAAAACCGCUACUCGGGAGAGUUCCGGAAGACGGGGGUCCAUGACGCCGACUAUGAGGCCCAGAUCAUCCAGAACCUGGUUAAGGCCGGCAAGAUCACCGUGUUCCCUGGGAAGUGAGAGCUCCCCUCCUGGGGAGAGAGGACAGUGGGUGGGGGGGUGAGCAGGACGUGGGGGCAGGAGAGCUUGGACCUUGGGAGGGUGAGGAGGAGAACCAGGGAAGGGAUUUGGGACAUGAACACUGUCAAAAACAAGUCUGUUGGUCGUUUGUUGGUGUACAGGAUGGAGAUUGGGUUGCGUGAUGUGGAAAGAUACUCUGACAGCCCCCAGAACCAUCUCACCCCCCCCUGAUGUUUGAGGAGGACAAACACACCUCCCGAGGUCCUGGUGAGGUUGGACAUUGCCCCUCUGCUCUGCUCUCUCUGCCAAUAAAGGACACAAGGACAUCCAGGGACACCUGCUCCCAUAUCCGGAACAAUCUAGAUCAAGGACCCUGAGAGUUGUGGCCUUUCCCCUGGAUAAACAUGUCAACAUGACCUGUCAACUCCACUCUUUUGCUCAAUCAUGAUGCGCCUUAGGGUCUCUCCAGCUCAGAGGCUCCGCAUCCCAGUGACAAGCCACACCCACCUGUAGAGUUGCUGCUGAUGCCGCUCCCCUGGGGGCGGGGAUUAGCUAGUUGAAGUUGACAUGCUGUAUAUGUGAGACUGUAGAAAUUCUGAAUGACAGUGUCCGUGUUGUAACUAGGUGACUAUCAUGGUAUAGGUAAGACCCACAGACAGGCAUAUGACCACACAUAUAAUUAUAUUAACCCUUUUUCUUUCAGUAUUGUUUAAUAGUUCUAGUCGACUAAUCAUCCUGCUGAUUGGAUUGGGUAGACGGAUCACAUGCACAUGAAACCCCACUAGCGCAGGUAUCAGUUGGACUAAACCACUCGGUCACAGUCCUUCGCAAACACGCGCACAAGAAGAUCAUUUCAGCGGUCUCUAGCAGCUAUUGGUAGCCACGUGUCGCUUAAACUGAGCACCGAGUGCUGAAAGGCAGAGAAUGGUCAUAAUCGGCCUGCUGCCCUCUGCUGGUAUAAGAAAGAAAUGCUUCUCACUAUUUCAAUCAGACAGGAUGUGUAACAUUGUAUAGUAAUAACAUGAUGAUGAUAUGAUGAUAACCACACUAUUGUAUACUACCUUCCAUCUGCUUUAGUUAUGUUUUUUACUUUUGUACAUGUUUAGUUUAUAUCUGACACUAGAGAUAUGUGCUGGACUGGUCUUAAAUUCCAGUAUUCAGUGAGUGAGUUAAGUUGAGUGAGACAGACAAAAAGACUGUCCAUCAUUUUCCUGUCGUAUUUUCUGGUUUCUCUUGUCUUGUAUCAGUGAGUCUUUAUAUAUGUAUGCGUGUCUAAAGUUUAGACUCGAAACACACACACAUCCAAGCUUACGUGCCUUGUCCUGCUGAUGGACACACCAGCCCUGCAGUGUAUCAUCGACCUCAGCCACACAAAUACAUCCACACACACACACUACAUGGUCAUAUGUAACCUGUACAUUCAAUGCUUCAAGUUCAUCACUCACACACAUCUCGGUCUUGGCCUUGCUAAGAGCUGUGCCUUUCGAUCUUCACUCCAACACACACACACACACACACACACACUCUCUGCCUAGUGGAGUGGAAUACGUAUCACUGUACUCUGCCUUUCUGGAGGUUUGUAGAAACCUCCCUCACCUCCUGGCAUUUGCUCUUCACCUUGGCAGUAUUUCGUCUUGAUGACACGGGACUGUGAUAGACAGAUGUAACCAUAUUCCUUUUGAACCUGUGGCUGUAUUUAAAUGCUACUCUUGCAGUGUUCUAUUCUCUGUCUGUGACUGUGGUAAUUUUCCGUGGAUGCUAAUGUGUUCAACAUGACAGAGAAGCCUGUGUAGGGGGAAUGUAUCUGGUGGCUCCUCAAACAUAUCUUCACCAGACAUCCAAUAAAGGAAGUUUGAAUGA